UUUACGCCAGGCCUACUCCACGCAUUGUAGACGACGCUUGAAUAAUACUCGACGUGUCUCGCGGUUACAAUUUUGGAAGCUCUCGUCCAGAAACGGUCUCUUUUAUGUCUGUUAUAUUCCGUCUAUCGGGAGGUCCACGUUUGCGUAAUCCUUGCAACACAAUUUAAAAUUCACACAUGCAAACUGUUACUAGGAAAUGGCAACGGAAGGCAAUAGCAAUGACCCCGAACUACGUUUAUUACGAUAUCUGUACAUCGGAAAAGAUUACUCCAAUUACCAACCUGGAUAUUGGUUCGACCAUUAUUAUUUUAUAGUCAGAAAUGUUCUAGCCAUAGAAGAACUUGCUGAAGAUACAGAGAAGGAAUUGGUGCCCAUUGAACUGAUCACAAGAGCAUUUGAGAGCAAUUUGGUUACACAUCCAGAGACUUUGGUGUUUGCCCUCGCUGUUUGCUGCAGGCAAACUAGAAGCGAGAAGUUACGCCAUGCAGCAUACGAAAGUGUAAAAAAGAUCUGUGCGUCUACCCCGAAUUUUAUUCUGUUUGUUAAAUUCGUUUCUAAACUGUGCAGAGAGAAAGAGUUGAAUUAUAUCACGCAAGGAUGGGGUCAUGGUCUGAGGAAAGCUAUCAACAAUUGGUACCUCUCUAAGAAACCAUUGGAUUUUAUUGAGUGCGUUACGAAAUAUAAAAGCAGGUAUGGCUGGAAGCACAAAGACAUUGUCAAAAUGGCUCAUCCUCUGGGCAAUUCUCCAGAAACUAAAGUUAUACUGAAGUACAUAAUACACGGUUUGGAAAAGACCAGGAAAGAUGUGACAAGUGAUCAGAUAGAACAGACUUCUAACAUCCACCAGCUACUAAAAUACAUGGAAGAGGUUGAAGAUUUCAAACAUUGCGAGGAUGAGGUCCGCGCUGCCACUUUGCUAGAAACAUAUGGCUUUUCUUUGGAUCAUGUACCUGGACAUCUGCUAAAAUCCAAGGAGGUUUGGAAUUCAUUGCUAAUGUCAAUGGAUGUUGGUAACCUUCUAAAUAAUCUGCAAAGGAUUCACAAUCUUGGAUUUCUUAAUGCUGAUGAACCAGCGGUCGAAAAAGUAACGGAACGACUUACCGAUCCACAGUGCGUUGAGAAUAGUAAAGUUCAUCCAGCAUUAGUUUUUAUUACCCUCAAAAAUUAUCAGUAUUCCGGAAAAUCUCUGACCUAUGAGAAACGAAAAGUUCGAGAGCUAAACAAAUCUAUGCCGCUGAAGUUUAAUCCAAAUGUCAAAGUAACAGACGCUCUAAAUGAGGCAUUCCUUCUGUCAUUUAAAAAUAUACAAUCUACGAAUUUGCGCUACUUGGUGACAAUCAGCACGAACAAAUUAAUGGAGGCAAACACUUGGCAGAAUGGUAAUAUGACCGGCCUCGAGACGGCUGCUUUGAUCGCGCUGAUACUUUUACGUUCUGAGGAAAACGUUACCAUAGCGACGUUCAAGAGCCUCGGACAUUAUUCAGUGAAUGUCUACAAAACGGAUUCUUUCGAUGAUAUUUUGAAGGCUUUAAAGGAACCUUCCUCGGGAAAUAUCAAUUCCAGUAAACCAAUUUCGUGGGCCAAACAAAAUUCUAAGGAGUACGAUGUCUUUAUCAACGUUAUGGAUCAAAUAUUCCAAAAGUACGAUGACUCCGAGGAAAGUCUGAUAUCGUACAAACAGCAGAUGAACCUUCCGCAUGCAAAACUAAUCACUUGCGCUUUAUGCUCUUCCUCACCAUAUCGUAAAGAUUAUGACCGACAUGUUCUGACGAUCAACGGUUUCGAUGCUACCGUACCUAAUGUCAUCCAGGCAUUCGCCCAGGGUUUAUUUUAGAUACAAGCACAAGUUAAAUCUCUAUUGGAGAAACCUUCAGAAAGCUUCAAAACAUGUUUUUUCAAGAAGUCACAAGCGGUUAUUCAAGAAGAAAAUGUAUUCUUAAAGCAUAUUUCGACACGACUUUGUCUUUAAGGUCUUCAAAAUAUCAUCGAAAGAAUCCGUUUUAUAGAUGUUCCGCUAUACAAGCACAUGGCAGUUGUAGAAGCCGGUGGUGAGGAUAUAGUUUUUCCUUCAAAAUCGCGUUUUACUAAUAAGCACACUAACGAAGGAACGUGAGUGAAGAUGGAGGAAAAUUACGGAGAGUUUUCGGAAAUUAUUUGAAGCGGUGCCGAAUUGUGGAAUUCAAACUGUCUCGCCUUCGUCAAUUCCGAACGUCGGCUUGUUGCACAUCCAUGACUGAAUCAAAUUAUUUACUUUCGUUUUCCAGCAAUUUCUUUUUAAGAUCCAACAGAGACAGUAUAUACCUUUUAAAACGUACUGAAAAUAGGUAAACGAUUGAGAAAGAUAAUCGUGCGCUAUAAUUGGCAUGAUGGUAAUAUCGAUAUCUACUACAUGUUCGUAGCGUUAGGAAAGAGCUGUGUAGCAUUUCCCCCCUUUUUUUUGUUAACAAAAUGAUCGGGUAUUUUUUUACUCUUAUUCGGAUUUCUGACGAUACGAUUUAAAUAACUCGGCAAUUUUAUUUUUAGCAAAGCGUUAAUACUGAAUCGUAUCGAUCCGAUUAUAUAAGCAAUAUAUAGAUUAAUUACGGACUAUUUUUUAUUAAACUGUUGCACAUGAAAUCUCAGUUUUUUACGUUAACUAAUUUUGAGAUAUAUUUAAUUGUAUAUUUAAUUACGAUUUCUCUCUUUCUACAUUCGUAUUUUAAUGAUGGCAUUAAUGUGUAAGUUUUAAAAACAGCUUAAAAAACUAUUCACAGUUAUCAUGUAUUAUAUUUAUACAAAAGCAUAACUUGCUUAAAACAGAUAAGCUGUCAGAUGUUUUAGUAGAGUUUUAAAACAGUUUCGAAAGAGAGAUUUGCUUUUAUUUGAUAUAUUUAGUACAGUAUUUGAUUUAUUUAUUAUAGUAUACAUCAUACGAGGUCGUUCUUCUAAACUAAUGUUGUCAAACUCACGUGCUCACGCGGUCCGCAUACGAGUCCUCGUUUUCCCAUUUUCCGAAAAGCUGUAAAACUUUUCUAGUUGCCUCUGCCUAAAAGCUCGGUGCGGUCUGCGGAGAGUUAGUUAAGACUCCGCCAUAAACAUUAAUUAAAAUUAACUUCUCUGCCUCUUUCUAGUUUCGUAAGGACACAGAGAAUCGCUUAAACUUUAGGGAUAACGUUAACUUAAACUCUUACUUAAUUUUUUAACGUUUACGAGAACGACCUGCGGCAGAUCGUUGUUUAGUUUUCAAAAUAGUUUUUUCGUGCCUGUACUUUGAAACUUUUUUGAAAACCCGGAGUUUCAUAUGCAACUGUAAUCAAUCUUGUUUUGAAAACUAGGAAAAAAGAAGUACAAUUCAAUAGUCCUAUGUUUCAGUAGUGCAUUACGCAGCGACAAGUUAGGAUAAGACUGCAUAGCAGAUACGGGAACUCGUAUCUCAAGUAACAUACGGUGCAUUUUUUGACUAAUGAUAAAAAAAAUCUUACUCUAAUAUUAUUAAUUGCUUGCUUGUUUCUGGUUGGCGGUGAUGCUUCGUAAUAAUGCGUAUAGAUAACGUGACCUUAUUAAAAAGAAAAAGUGACACGCUUCUGGGACCGGUGCGCUUCUGGACGGUUAAAUAAUAAUCUAAAAUAAGUAAAAAAAAAGACAAAAAAAGAAAGAAGAAAGCGGAAGAUGUAGAAGACGGUGAACAUAGGAACGUUGAAAAUUUUCCCACUGUGAUAUGCAUUUAGCCCCAAAGAGUUAUAGACUUACAUUAGUAUAAUUUUACUGUUACUAUCUCAUAUUUGCCAUAUCCAAAGUGAACGUGAGACAAAUACUAAAUACACUACUGAAUAAAUACUGUGAUACGAGAUACAUUGUUGUUGUUCAAACUAGGGAAAUGGUAUUUAAGUGACGCGGCCAGAAGCGCACCGUGUUUGAUAUUUGUUGAGUCUCUGCGCGAAUUAGCGCAUGAAUUUUUUUGUUGAAAAUUUUGUAUCAUAUCUCGAGAAAAGGGAGGGCUUUCGAUUUGCGGAUUAUUGUCGUCGGGUUUUCCCCUCGUUUCUCGCGUGAGACCACGGAAGCACGUACCUCUUUCACAUACAUUGCUAAAAAGUACAGCGUGGAUGAACUCUCAGGUCUUCGAAACAAAUUUGAACUAAGUGCUUAACUAUUCACCUGUUCUUUGCAGCUGUCCCUGAUAAUCUGCGGAUCGAAAGCUGUCAACGUAAAUUCUAUUUCAAUAGACAGUGUUCCGAAAAAGGGUAUAUAAGUAGACUGUUCUUUAAGCAAUCUGCAUUUUGCUCCUGAUGAAGUCAGACGAGUUAGGCGUGAAAGAAAUUCAGCGUUAUCCUUAAGUCCUUUUAUCAAGAGAUAUUUGUUUAAUAAAUUAUCGAGAGUAUUAAUUGGCGACGUGUUAAGUUUCUUCUGAAAAAUGAACGAAAAACAAACACACAAGGGAAAUCGAUUCCAUAUUUAUCAAAAAGCGUAUCUAUUUCAAGAUGUAUUGUAUAUAGCGAUUAAAGCACGUACUAAUUUUCCACAUAGAAAUUUCAAGCAGACUUGCGCUUGCAACGCGGUAGAUAAACCCGUAAUACGUAUUACGCAUAGGUUUAUUUUUAAGAACGAUACUUUAAAAGGGAAUCCACAGGAAUGUUUGUUAAUCUCGGUUGCGCAUCGUCCCGCAGAGAGUUCUGUAUAAAUUAUUAAUUUAUCGGGAGUGAAGUCAGUAUCUUUUACGCUGGACUAUAUUCCUACUCGAACUUGAUGUUUUGGCGAGCAUUUGCGCGCUUAGAAAAAUUAUUUAUACACACUUACUGCACACACCUCGUGUCUAAAUCGUUCAGUGUUAGGAGAGGAAAAUCUCUAGCGCAUUUUUUUACGAGGGGAAAAAAAAAGAAUCUUCUGGCGUGAAGGCAAAAACUCCUUUCAGAAACGAAAUGUCUAGUUACUAAACAAGAGUUUUAAGAGUAUAUAUGCUACGAUCAUACAUAUAGUAGCUCAAUGUAUUCAUUGGCAUUAGCAAGUAGGCAUUACAAGUAUUUGUAUAUGUACGAGAGCGAUAUUGCGAUCGGAGAGGAUUCCCCGCACUUCGUCUAAGCUCUUUUUUACAGACGUUUACAAGAGUCGACCAAUUUCAUUCUAAAAUCUCAAUCUCUGAUAGCAAUCUUAUAAUAGUACAAGCUCCGAACCUCCACUUUAAUAGCGCAUAGCGUUGCGCGAGAAUUAUAUUAAUUAUAAUAUAUUAAAUUUAGCUGUAAUAUCGAAUAGUCACGAGAUUCGAGAAAUAACUCUAAAAUCGGAAUCCUUUCCGCUCGCGGUGCACGCGGAUAUAUAUGUAUUCAUUAAUACUAUUAUUAUAAGAAUAUAUACGUCCGAGAUAUGAUAUAGACUGGCACAUUGGAGAAAGAGAGAGAGAGAGAGAGAGAAAAUGGAAAAGAAAAGCAAAAAAAAAUAGAGAUAGAGAAAGGGAAAGCAGUACAGCCAGAAUCUGAAGAGAAUCACUUCUCCAUGCUGUUAUUUCACAGUCCAUUGAUUUCAGGAUGUGCUGUAUAGUUAAACAAGAAAAAAGAAACAAUAUGUUGAAUGUGUUCAUGCUAGACGAAGAAAAAAGAAAAUAUUUACCGCGUAAGGAGAGAGAGAGAGAGAGGGGAAGAGGAAGGAAGGAAAAUAGGAAAUUCCGCAUUAUGUAGUUAUUAAAAAUGGGAAACAAAGGGAUGUAACGGAGGAAUCGAGGGACACCGUCGGGUGCGUCGUGGUACCAAGUGCCACGUGUCUCGGUCGCGCUACAUCCUCGCACUUGGCGAUAUCGAGGGGGGAGACAAAUUAGCUUCCUUGCCGAAGACGAUUCUCCGAGGUUCCGGACCGACCAUUGAUUUCGACCAGGAAGCACGAACGAUAUUUAUCCGAUACUCAUAGUAUUUUACGCGCCGCUGGACACGCAUUAUUGACCGUCUCGGAGCAAAUGUCGGUUGAUCGCAAAUCUGUAUAGGACUAAGGACUGUAGAGGGUAACCACUCCGUUUCCAUUAGCGGCAUUUCGGUGUUCAGUUUGUUAAAAGGAAAAAAGGAAAAAGUCUCGCGAUACACACAAUUGCUCGAUUUCUUUCCGCGCGUUCGCUUCCGGUAAUCGGGAGCCACGUCUCGUUCUCAAUCGCCCCCAUACGCGGGCAGAUCUUUCCUUUUCGAAGAGGAGGAGCAAUCUGGUGCGCGCGGACGAUUAGGUCAGCCGAAGGACUUCCAUGUUAUUAUUUUUUUUUAACGUUCUUUCUCGCGUUUCUUCUCAGUCGUAUGCAGACUUACGCUUGACUACGUAUACAUAAGUACGAAAUAGCGCCAUGUUCCUUAGGAUUAAAUACACGAGAACAAAACUUAUAAUUCCAUAAUUAGUACAUUGUCGCUUCAACGAUCUAAUAAGAAACUAGACAAAAAAAGAAAUGCUCAAUACCCGUUGUUCGAAGUUUUCGACGCAAAUGCUAAAAAUACCAAAAAAAAAAGAUGAAGAGAAAAGAGCUGGAGAUCGAAGAACGGAACGAUAUUCAAUUCUACAUGUACAAACCGCAAUGAAAUACCUCGUUACUUAUUCUCAGUGUAAAAUAGCAAAAGCGAAUUGUACUAACUCUGCGAGUUACGACGAAAAAAAAAGAAAAAAAAAGAGAAAUUGUCCUUCUGGUUCGUGAUUCACGCACUGAAUGCCUAUCUUUUGGCCUUAUCUUUUUACAUACGGAAAUCCUGUAAAAGCGAUUCACAGGCAAACAAUACCGUUCACACACCGCUACCUGUUCGAUAGUACUUUACGUUUCGCACGUGGGUAUUUGAGGAGAGACUUGAGAUCUUCGAAAGAUCCCCCCCCCCUCCCUUUCCUCCCCCCGUUCAGCUCCCGGUGUACACACUGUGAUCUCGCCUCAAAAUCUCAUGCCUUUAUCGCAAGCGUUAGUCAAAAAUUGAUAUACCGUUGCGGCCAGCACGCGUUCCCUCUCGCGUUGCGAAAGGGAUCGGUGUGACAGGAGAUAUAAAGUCUUUCGGGAGUCUCAGAGCUGCUCCCUCCUCAGAUCCCCUCGCGUGCUAAUCGCAGCGCCCGAAAUUUGUACAUCGCUGCGAGUUUAUUUCUCAGCGCGUUCUUUCGUUUAAAGAAUAGUAUUAUUACUACGUAGACUACAUUCGCGAAGCGAUAUACUCGGUAAUUUAUGGUACAUCGGAAUCUGCGGAAACCGAAGUGAAAAGAACUGUCGCGUACAAGGGCUGCGUGGGAAAAGUUUCUGAACGGGCAACGAGUCGAAACUGUGAAAAAAAAAUUGUCACUCGCCAUUCUUAAUUCCUAAUGUCGAGGAAUUGAGAGGCUUCAACUUUGGAUUUUGUAGGAGUCAAUUUACAAUUUUCUCGAAAUCUUCUACCGCAUCUGAUGGAUUUUCAGAACAGAAAUAGAAGGUGUACGUAUAACGUGAUGGCUAAACGCAGAUGUUAUAUGAUUAUCUUGGAUUAUAAUUAAGUUUAUUACAAAUUAAGAAUAUUCGUUUUUAUUCUCGCAACGUGAAACGCGACUAGUCUUCGGUAUCAGGUUCUUGAAAGUGUUGUGUCGCAAUAUUCAGCGAAGAGAUAAAAGUAACCGAGCUGCAGUCCUUUCCAAGCUUGAUUUCAUCGUGAUUCGAGAUUGCAAAACUUUUCCGGCGCAGUCUACGAAAAUUUCCCAUCCUAUCACGCGCGGUAAACGUCCGUCGCGCGAUUUCGAUAUUAUUUUUAUACCUAAGUAAAUUUGUGAAACAUUGCGCGAGCCCAGCGAUUAAAUUGCUCUGAACAAAUUAACGUCGGGGUUUCACGAAGGAGCGAAUUAUGUUAUUGUCAUCGUGUCUGUUAACGGUUGUAUUUCGGUACACAAUAGGCGAAUUAAGAUAUUAUAGGGAAUUGAUUAUGUCUACAAAUUCCGUGCUGUUUUUGUUACGAUAUGAACUGGAUCCUUAAAUAAAUUUUCUCAAAACGA